AUGGCCAACUUCCAUCUCUACCUCGCCGGCUGCGCGCUGCUGCUGACGCUCGGGUGGCCCUCAUCCACAGGACUCCCGCUGCGCACGGACAAUUACGCACAGAGUGCGCCGCUCUUCAGGGGCCUCCUGGAGAACAUCAAGCGCCUGGCCAACAGUACCGUAUGCUAUGGCAUCCUAUCGGAUAACGUGGUGAUGAGGACAGCUGAGACACCCCUCGCCUGCGCGCCCACUCUCACUGAGAACCCAGGCUGCAUGAUGCAAAGAAAUUCAUCCUUUAGUAAGAGUGAAUGUUUGAGCAACAUCAUGAAGGACCUGGUUUACUACGAAGCUGCUAUUAGCUCUUACCUCAAGACCCCGCUCAGAAGUCCUGAAGAAGAAGAGGCACUUCUGAGACCGACUUUGGAAAUAAUAAAGAGCUUGAAGAACUGCUCCCUCAUGCCGAAUGAAGAGAAUGACUCCUCAGAGAAGGACGCUGCCCAGAUGUGGAGGGGAAACAUCUACAAUAACAGACUGAAGAUGUGCAAGAUGGUGAAAGGCUUCUAUGUCCGAACCAUCACCAUCAACCGAGCUGUGGGCUACAUCACCUCAGGAGACCACAUGAAGUAACCAACCUGCAGCCUCAUCUUCAUCACCAUCAUCCUUCCAAUCAGUGCCACAGAAUCUCCUUUAAAUCAUCACAACUUCACAACAUCUCCUUGAUCUUUCACUACCACCACUUGUACCUACAACUACUGACCAAGUAGUUCUCCACACUGCACACGCUGCACCACUGUCUGCAUGGUUACAGCUCAGGCAUAAGCUAAGCUGACUCGAUACCAGCCCCUUCUCCCAGUGAGAACUGAAAGAGUCAGCCUGUUGCUAAGGUUAGCAGUGGAGGCCAUGUUGGCCUUUUUACACA